AUGGCCCAGAAUGGAGCAGUUAUGGGCCAUCCUAACCAUGCUAUGUCACGCCAACACUAUGUUCAAGCAGUGGAGAAGACACCACCUCCUUCCAAGAAUGUGAUACCUGUUUCUUUUAAUCCGAAUCACAAUCUCUCACCCAAUGCUGGCAAGAUUCAUUUCCUCCACAAGGGACUGACUUCUGAACCCCUGCGAUCUCAGCUUGGCAUAUAUAACAGUACUGGCUCCCUAAUCCAGAAGAUAAUAAAGAUGAAUAACUUUGAAAGUAGCGACUGUCCCAUCUCAGGAAGAGUAACAGCUCCAUGUACUCCAUUGAGAAGUUCCUCAUGUCCCUCAGGCAAUCAAGUCCCCCUGGUAGUCCCAGUCACUGGUGGUCAAAGUUCUGUGGUGACUUUUCGCUUUAUUGAGAAGGCUAAUGUGAAAACUUUAAAUGGCUUCCCAUUGAUAGAAUCCAGAAAAGAAAAUGGUUUGAGCAGAAGUUUGGAAUCUGAAGAGGAUUUUCACUUUGAGUCCAAUAAGCAAAGAAGCCAAAAGACAAAUGUUCAGACACAGUAUUCCUUACAGCACAAAGUCACAGAUUCCCCGAAUCCUGUAAUUUUGGAUAAUAGAAUGAGCUUCAACGUACAGACAGGCACAUCCUCUUCGGCUUUUACAGAUGAACAGGACUCAGUGGUUCUCAGUAGUAAGCAGGAACAUCUUGGGUUUAAACCAAAACCAGAGAUAUCUGCUUCAGAUCCUCUUCUUGCUGGAAACAGAUUUCUUUUAAACGCACAGCCCUCUUUGAGUUGGGGUAAUGGAACCCCACUUUCUCCUGGUGCCAGUUGCUCUCCCAGUUCCCUCAUUGGUGAGAUGAGCCAUCUGUCUAAUGAUCUUUUGUGCCAUCGAAGACACCCACAGAGCAAGGAACCACAAUACCAGGGAAGCUUGUGGGGAUAUUCACAUGAAAGCUCGGCCCAUGCCCAGCGUGUUGCCAAGGCCAAAUGGGAAUUUUUCUAUGGCUCAAUGGAAUCUCCUAAGACAGGAAUGCCAUCUCAGAAUGCACUUGAUCCUUCACCUCAGCUACCUGAGAAAUCCAAACUCUCAGUGCAACAAAAACCAGAUCAGACAAGGCCAGAACACAGCCUAUGUCACGUAGAAGUAGAAAUUGAGAUGACUCCACCAGAUAACACGAAGUUUGAAAACUGUGAAACUGGAAUAAUCCGCAGAACAGUGAAGUAUUCAGAGACUGAUCUGGACUCUGUCCCCUUGAGAUGCUACCAUGAGACAAACAUUGAUGAUAUUUUGGCUGAGAGAGAAGAAGCGGAUUCAGCCAUUGAGAGCCAGAAGGACAGUGAGAGCAAUUUUAGUUCCGUGGGAAUUCCAAAGAAAGCAAACGUUGUUCCAAAUGACCUCUUUUUUCAGCAUGCCAUGGAAGAGGAUAGCAAAACUUUAGACAACAAGAACCAGGGGAAUAAAGAUGGUGAAAUAUCUGAAGCCAUGAUACAUCACCAGGAGAGCACGAUCUUUGUCCCAGUUAGCUCUCCUCCUUCAGGGUGGCCAUACUGGCCACUGCUUCAGCCCAUCUUCAGGGGGAGUAUGCCUAGUCAGGGAGGGGAGAUACAGUUCCCCUCGACCCAACUGGCAGCCUCCCCCUUCUUCACCACCCCUUCAGGGUGGUUCUGGCCCCAUUUGGAGCCCUCCAAUGGGGAGAGCACGGACCGAGACCACACACGAUUGCAGUCUUCACUCUGUCGACAAAGGAAACGCCACCGGAAGUCCCCAGGACAGAUGGAGAUUCCUGAGAGGCUUCCCCCCAGAGUAACUGCUGCCAGAUGCCAGUGUGAAGAGGAUGCCUGGAAGGAAGCCAACAAAGAAGAUCUCCUGUUAAUUCUGGCCUUGCAUCUCCUGCACAAAACUCUUGAAAAUCAGACAGCUCAGGAAAGAUGUGCUUUGCCUGUGUAUGAAGAGGCUGGGGAAGUAGCCAGGGGAGCAGAAGCUUCUGCAAACCCAGAAGCAACUCCUAUAGCUUAUCCAGGGUCAGCACCGGCUGCAGGAAUUCAAGCAGCUGCCAUAGACCAGCCCACCUGUGGGGAGGGGCAGUCCCACAGAGCUGCCGAAUUCCAAAGGUUCCUCUGCUGGGAGGCUAACGCCUCUACUGCAGGAGGGCUGAAUGUCAACCUCUUCGAUGCUUGCUUGCUAUCGCAUGCCAUUGUAACAGGGGGAGGCAAGCAUCAUCUCAGUCAGCUAGUCUCUGACUCAGAUUCUGAAAUGGACAGCACAGAGCAACUAGCCCUGGGUAGCACUGACACACUUUCUAGUGGACAUAACGCCGACUUAGAGGCUGCUAAGCGCCUUGCAAAAAGGCUGUACAACUUGGAUGGUUUCAAAAAGGCAGAUGUAGCUCGUCAUCUGGGGAAGAAUAAUGAUUUCAGUAAGACAGUAGCAGGGGAAUAUCUGAAGUUCUUUGAAUUCACUGGAAUGACUCUGGACCAAGCUCUUAGGUCUUUUCUGAAGGAGCUGGCCCUCGUGGGAGAAACUCAAGAACGGGAACGGAUCCUAGCUCACUUUUCACAACGAUUUUAUGAGUGCAAUCCCAAAACCAUCCCUUCUGAAGAUGGAGCCCACACCCUGGCUUGUGCCUUGAUGCUUUUAAAUACAGACCUUCAUGGACAUAACAUUGGGAAGCGAAUGUCUUGUUCAGAUUUCAUUGGGAAUCUGGAAGGUCUCAAUCAAGGUAGUGAUUUCCCCAGAGAUCUACUCAAGGCUGUAUAUAAUUCUAUCAAGAAUGAAAAGCUACAGUGGGCCAUAGAUGAAGAAGAGCUGCGAAAGUCCCUUUCGGAAUUGGCAGACUCCAACUCAAAGUCUAUCAAAUGCAUCAGCAGCUGCAGCAACCCUUUCCUGGACUUCUCGCAGGAUCCCAGCAUUGCUAUGUACAAGCACGGUCUCCUGGUGCGCAAGAGCCAUGCUGAGCCAGAUUGCAAAAAGACUCCGAGAGGAAAACGGGGAUGGAAGACUUUCCAUGGGAUACUAAAGGGAAUGAUCUUGUAUCUGCAGAAGGAAGAAUAUAAACCUGGUCAAUCUCUGGCUGAGGAAGAUCUGAAAAAUGCUAUCAGCAUCCAUCAUUCACUGGCUACCCAAGCAUCAGAUUACAGCAAAAGACCCAACGUUUUCUACCUCAGGACAGCUGACUGGAGAGUCUUCCUCUUCCAAGCCCAGAACACAGAACAAAUGCAUUCCUGGAUCACACGGAUUAAUGUGGUAGCAGCCAUGUUCUCUGCACCACCAUUUCCAGCUGCCAUUGGAUCCCAAAAAAAAUUCAUUCGCCCAUUACUGCCCAGUUCCUCUACAAGACUAUCACAGGAAGAACAACUGAAGAGUCAUGAAAUGAAAUUUAAAGCCAUGGCAGCAGAACUCUUGGAGCAUCGUUCCUCCCUUCCUGAGAAGAAGGUGAAAGGCAAGGAGUAUGAGGAACUGAAACAGAAAGAGGAAUAUCUGAUAUUUGAAAAAUUACGCUAUGGCAUUUAUGCUACACUAAUGCGCACCAAGUUGAAGACUGGCUCUGAGGAUCUGGCAGCUUUGGAAGCCACCCUGUUUGUUACAGUGGGUAACUCAGAAGACAGCUUUAAGGAGUCCCAGUCCAGUCUUACCCUGAACCAGGAGACAGCUGGCACAGGUUCCAAGAUAAAAUGCAACCAUCAGUAAGCUACUAGUAAACAACAAAGAUGAUCACUCUUGGCAAAGAAAAUGGCAUUCCUAUCCUAGAAAUUUGCAAAUUGUCAGGAGGGAAGAGAAGACAUUAUCAAUGGGCCCAAUUCUGUAUCAACUUCACCAGUGGAAAGUACAUAACUACAGUCCUACGUUAUACGGCCUUCC